AUGGCCCCUCAAGAAGACAAAGCAGCCACCGCUCUUGCAGAGAUCCACGGGGACCCCCUUACGGACCUCGAUCAGAAUCUAUGGGACCUCUUUGCAGCCUCUGCCGCCGCCCACCCCGACCGAGAAGCCAUCGUCUCGCUCUGGCAGCCUGCAGACGCCAUCCUCGUAUUGGAAGACGACAAGGAGAAGAAGGAGGAGGAGGACGACGACGACGGCGACGGCGACGACGAUGUACCCGCACCUGCAUCUGCAUCUGUACCCUCCACCUCGACUGCGGGAUCGGAAUGUCUCAGAUGCUCGUACGGAAACCUCCGGCGCGGCGCUGAGCGGCUGGCUGACAAUCUGGAGAAGAUGCUGGGGGGCGUCGUCAACACCCAGCAAGGGCCUGGUCCUGGUCCUGGUCCUGGAAACAACAACAACAACAACAGCAAGCAAGGGCCUGCUGCUGGGCACCGCGGCAUGCACGUCGCCGCCGUGCUCUGGAACUGCGCGGAAUGGGGCUUUUUGCUCUGGGCCUGCGUCAGGAUCGGGGCCGUCUUCAUACCCCUGGAUCCUCGUGUCACGGACGACGACGUGCCGCUGAUGCUCGAGGCCGCGGCGCCGCGGGUGCUGGUCGUCCAGGAUGCCGAGGCCGCGCUGCGUCUGGACGCGGACCUUGCCGGGCUCGAGCUUCCACGGCCUCUUCUGCGCGUCUUCUGCGGCCAGGGGGCGGUCGAGGGCUGGAUCAGCUUUGGGCAGCUCAUGGACGGGGGUGGAGAUGCGUCGAUCUCGCCUUCUCAGGGGCUGGACCUGAAGGAGGAGGAGGAGAAGAAGGAGGAGGAGAAGGAGAAGGAGGUGGAGGAGGAGGAGGCUCAGGGUGACACAGACACAUACACAGACACAGACACAACCGACGAUCAACAAGGACCGCCCCGGGCCAGCGGCAGCAACAGCGGCAGUGACAACCACGCCCACGACCGUCCCGCCCUCGUCGUCUUCACCAGCGGCACCACCGGCCGCCCCAAGGGAUGCCCGCACACGAACCGCAACCUGGUGUCUCAGACGAGCAACUACGACGCCAACGCCGACCCGGACUUUGUCGACCGCUGGCUGGUUCACACGCCCGUGUGCCACGUCUUCGCCAUCAACAACGCGCUGCGGGCCUGGCGCCACGGCGGCGUCGUCGUCUUCGCCUCGCCGUCCUUCCACAUCGACGCCACGCUCAGGGCCCUGGUCGACGAGAAGUGCACCGUCAUGUCGGCCACGCCCACGCUCGUCAGGGCGCUGCUGUCCCACGCGGCGUUUCCGAGCCCCGGCGCGCUGAGCCUGUCGAUUGUGUCCGUCUCGGGGACCAUGAUUGGGGCGGAGCACAUCCGGCUCUGUAGGGAAGGGGGGUUGGGGGCUCGGGACGCCAUUCAGGCGUAUGGGAUGAGCGAGGGGGCGCCCAUUGUGAGCUGGUCGAGGCGGGAUGAGAUGCUGGUGGAUGGGUAUCAUGCGGGCGUGGGAAAGGUGCUGCCGGGGGCGGCGGUGCGGGUUUGUCGCUGGGGGAGUCGGGAGGUGCUUAGGAGGAUGGAGGUGGGAGAGCUGCACAUCUCGGGGACUUCGGUGAUACGCAACUACUUUGGUGAGGAUGAGGAUGAGGAUGAGGAUGGUGAUGGUGAUGAUGGCAGGUUUUACGAUGAUGAGGCCGGACGGUGGUUGAGAACGGGGGACCAGGCCAUGAUAGAUGAAAAGGGGGUUGUCUAUAUCCUUGGGCGAUACAACGACCUGAUUAUCCGGGGAGGAGAAAACAUUGACCCCCUGAAGAUUGAGUCUGCUCUAUCAGACAUUCCAGGCCUUUUACAGGCAUUUGUCGUGGGAGUGCCGGACGAGAUUGCAGGCCAGAUCCCAGUCGCCGUGGUCAAGCUCACGCAAAAAGCAUCCAAGUCAAGCAUCAUGGCGAGAUCAAGGCUGCUGGGCCCUCACUACGCACUCGAUGCCGUCUACACCCUCGAAGAUCUGGGCCUCGACAGCGUCCCAACCACUGCCAUCGGAAAGCCCAAGAGGGCAAUGCUCGCCGACAUUGUCACCAAAAAGAGACAAACAUCAGACCAAGCCAAGACGUCUCCGAUUCGCAACAGGAGAGACCAACUCUUGCUGCUGGAAGAGCAGCUGGGGGAAAUAUGGGACCAGCUGGUGGGAGUCCGUCCCGGCAAGGCAGACGACUUCUUCUCGCUGGCCGACAGCAUCACGCUGCUUCGGUACUGCGAUGCCAUCCUUCGAGGGCUAGGGAAGCGCCUCUAUCUCCAGGACCUGAGCCGGUGUGCUACGAUUGAGGCCCAGGCUCGACUGUUGGCUACGAGAGACUCCUCGCGCCCUGGGGCAGACGCGGAAAUGAGCAGGAGGGAGAGCAUCCCGCAAUUCCAUCCGAGAGCAGACGAUGACUUGAAUUCUGUCUAUCCACGGGACCGCUUCUUCGACUCGAGACAGCGUCAACAGCAAUACCCGAGCUUCUCAAACACCUCUGCUGACGAGAUACUCUCGGCCGCCCGAGAACAAGCCGCAAGGGUCGGCCUGGAUGGAUCCGACAUCCAAGAUGUCAUCCCCGUCAGGGGCUCCAUGUACCGCACCAUCGUCGGCCAACGACCCCAAUCCUACCGGAUCAGAGUCGUCUUCCGCAUCCACGACGCCUCCAUCGCGCAGAUAUACGACGGCCUGUUCCAAUGGCUCGCAUUCAGACCCCUUCUCCGAACCGUCCUCCUGGGAACUCAGGGGGCGCUCUACCAUAUCGUCGUGCGGCACAGCCAGGUCUUCUUCCAGAAGCUGGUCCGCGAAGCCGAGGCCGCAACCGAGGAGCAGGCGAGGGACAUUUACGAGGACAGUUCCGCCGAGAGCCACUCGCUCGUGUACAUGUUCGGCGCCGUCAUCGUCAAGGUCAAGGAGACGGGGCAGAAGCUCCUCAGCCUGACGUACAGCCACUCGAUCGCCGACGCCUUGACUCUCCUGCCCUGGCAUCGGGACCUGGACCGCCUGAUCCACGACAACGACACCAUCAUCCCUCUGCAGACGUCGUACCGCCUCUUUGCAGACUUGUUCUCCGAGUAUCAGGACAGCCUGCCGGCGCAGAGGGCCGUCUCGUUCCACGUCCAGCGACUGCGAGGCAUUUCUCGCUACAAGGCCGCGCUCUGGCCGAGGCAGCUCUCCCCAGGGAUGAUGAUUGCAAGCGACGCAGGCUCCUUCUUCACGGCCGAGCGUGACGCCGUCAGGGACCAGAUAUGGGACGGGGACUGGCAAGACAGGGCAGAGGAGUUCCGCUUCCCUCGCCGCAGCCGAAUCGUCCGCUUGCCCGCCCUGGCCAAGCUCCGCGAGGUAUACCGCCUCGAGCCGGUCCUCUUCACAAAGUGCGCCCUCAUCCUCUUCAACGUCCUCCAGACAAAGUCCCCCGUCGCCAUCUUCAACUCGUGGGAAAGCGCUCGCUCGUGGCCGUUUGUGCCCGACUGGGUGUCUGAUGCCCUCCAGCCGGCCAUGAGCAUCGACGGGCCUACCGUCGAAUGGAUCCUCAACAUGUACGAAGCCAACCGCGAGGAGACGCUCGAGGACCUGAUGCAGCGCAUGGUGCGUGAGCAAGAGCAGAUCCGCAGGCACGAGCACGUUUCCUGGGAAAAGGUCGUGCAGGAGCUCCGCGAGGAGGGCAGCGUCGCCAUGGAUGCGUCUUUCAGGCAGUCGUUUGUGUGGGACGUGAGCAUGGGCGUUGCUGCGUCGAGGGGGUUCCGCAGCGAUUACGAGAGUCUGGAGCCUGUGGCUCGUGGACUGUUUUGGAGCGCCUUUAUGGUGGAUAGGGAGAAUCUCCUGUUCAUCGCUUCGUGGGACACGGCGCAGCUGAACGCGGAGCAGGUCGACGGGUACUGCGAUGACUUGGCGGAUGUGAUGAGGAGGCUUGCUAAUGAAGAUAACUUGGGGCUCAAGAUGGGAGAAGUGUUUCCCGAGUACUGA